UCCCCAAUCAUACCCCCUAACCCACCCAAAAGCCUGCAACAAGCCCUUCAAAUUUCCACCAUUUUUCUAGUGCACUCGUGCGCCUAAACAAUUGAAAGGUAUACCUCUUUUUUGCUUUCAAACUUUCUUCCUCUGUGUUCCUUUAACAUGGCAACCGGGACUGGCUCACCCUGCGGCGCCUGCAAGUUUCUCCGCCGGAAGUGCGCGGCGGACUGUAUUUUUGCACCGUAUUUUUGGUCGGAGCAGGGCCCGGCAAGAUUCGCGGCCAUCCACAAGGUGUUCGGGGCCAGCAAUGUGUCUAAACUCUUACUCCAUGUGCCUGUUCCCGAUCGCUGUGAGGCUGUAUUCACCAUCGCCUAUGAAGCUCAAGCGAGGAUUCGAGACCCGAUUUAUGGCUGCGUGGCUCAUAUGUUUGCCUUGCAACAACAGGUAGCAUAUUUGGAAGCUCAGGUGAUGCAGGUGAAAGCUCAGCUGGCAAGAAACAUGAUUGAUGAAUCAUCAAGAAAUGCGGAGAUCAAUGAAUGGCCAAUGAGCAGCGUGGCUGGAGGAAUAAUUGGAUCAUCACCAGUUACAACGUUGAAUUACAAUGUGAAUUAUUCCAUCGCACCACCGCAGAGCGUGAUGAGAGAACCAUAUAGCAAGAAGAGACCUCCACAGACUGACUUGUCUGAGCUUCAAGAACUGGCUCUUGCAAUGAUCAAGAAUCAAAACUGAUUACUCAUAUAAAUAUAUACAUAUAUGUAGAGAGAGAGACGCAGGCGCACACACACACGCAGAGACUUCAUGUUCUUACUGCACUGUUGCUGGGAGCCCUGACGAUGAUGAAAAAUGGUACCUAGCUAGUGUCAAUCUUAACUUAGUUGUGAACUACAGUAGAAGUGAUAUUGUAUACUAAGAACUAAGCAUGAAUUAAUCACUCUCUUGUUUUCAAUGUCUAUGUAAGUCGUAUCUCUUCAAAUUAUUAUUGAAGAGAAAUAGGAACACUAAUUAAUUCAGGCAAUAUCCCUUUUGACGUCAAUAUUCGCAUCGAAAACGGACAUUGGAGAAAGAGGUGUGAGUGGCUCUCACUAACAUGGUCAUCACAUAUAACACAAUUCCCUCCUACAUAUUGCAGC